CCUUCUACCGUACUCUGCUCGACACGAUGGUCCUCGUCCUCGUUAUUGGGGACCUGCACAUCCCGCACCGCGUGCACGACCUGCCCGCCAAAUUCAAGAAACUGCUCGUGCCAGGCAAAAUCCAGCAAAUCCUGUGUACGGGCAACGUCUGCGACAAGGAGACGUACGAGUGGCUUAAGACCGUCGCCGCGGACGUGCACGUCGUGCGCGGGGACUACGAUGAGAGCGCGGCGCUGCCGCUGUCCAUCACCGUGAACCACUCGCCGAUCAAGAUUGGCGUCGUCCAUGGGCACCAGUGUAUACCGACGGGUGACUUGGACUCGCUGGGUGCGAUUGCGAGGCAGAUGGACGUGGAUGUGUUGAUUUCGGGGCAUACGCAUACAUUCCAAGCGGUAGAAUACGACAACCACUUCUUUGUCAACCCCGGCUCCGCAACAGGUGCAUGGACGGGUGCAUACUCCAGCGACCCCGUCCCCUCCUUCGCGCUGAUGGACAUCCAAGGCCCGGUCGUCGUGACAUACGUCUACCAGCUCAUCGACGGCGAGGUGCGCGUCGAGACGUUCAAGGAGGCGCCGCGGAGCACGGUGCUCCCGCAGAGCAUACCCAGCAGCCCGGCGCCGCAGCAGCAGAGCGUGUGGUGAGGUGUAUCUGUGCGAUAUGCAGGCCCUCUGUGUAUGUGGAUGGAGUAUGUUAUAUUCUCUAUCGAAUUUUUUUCUGUCGCUCUGUUACACUCGCGUGUCUUUUAUAAAGUUCGUAUACCCAUGGAGGAAGCCUCU